UGCAAGCUCGUGCCAUUGUGACAAUGGACAGUCCGCCUUCUGGAGGCUCUGUCGGAUCAGAAGGCGCUGAUGGAAGACACAAAAAGAGGAUUCGAGUAUGGACCGCGGAGGACCGAGCAAAGCACCGAGUCCUCGAGAAAGAACGCCGCGAAGCUUUUAGCGACAACCUUUUGGCGCUUGCCAGAAGGCUGCCCACUCUUUCUGAUGUCAAAGAGACCAAAUUAUCCAAGCAUACCAGUAGAAGAAAGCCUGAAACACCACGAGACACAACAGAGACGACUCGACGAAUUGCAAGCUGUCAUAGAGAGUCUGGAAGCUGAAAGAGAUGCGCUGGUUCUCGAAGUUCGCGAAUGGAGACAAUGUUUGGACCUGCUGGCCAACGCCCAAGAAGCAGCUGAACAGCCGAAUACACAACUACGAUUGGAAGAGAACGCUGUUCAAUCGACAAACGAUUACUUGGGUGAAUUGGAGACCUUGACGGCUGAAGAGCUUGCUGAACUGCAGUCAGAAAUCAUUGAGGUUCCUGUAGCCAUCCCGUCGUCAAGGGAGAGGUACACAAUGCAGGUCGAAGACUGGCAGCAGUCCCUCGUCCCGUCGCAAGCUGCCAUUCCUACCCCAAGCCUGGAUGUUGGCUUCA